CAAAGAACUGUUUCUUCGUUGAGUGCAAUCACAUAUGUGGCCACACAUCAUAUUUUGCGAAUUUCUUCGUUUUUUAUCAGAUGCAACGAAAUGGACAGCCCGCCGAAGUUGACCUAUUUUCCGGAUCCGACCUUCGGAUAUAAUAUUGAAGACAUAUAAUGAAAAUUCCUUUAAUGCCACUAUAUAAAGGAAACACAAUCAUGGGAAGGCCGAAACGAACAAUCAAGAAGACAAAAAAAAUGAAAGAAAGCAUGGAAGGAGGGCUAAAAGUUAAGAUGAAGUCCAACACAAAGAGCGCAAAGAAGUCCAUAAAGAUGAAGCUGAAGAAGAUUUGCAAAGCACAAUCAGACGAUGAGAUGGAAGAAACGCCGCCUUCCUCCCCAGGAUAUGAUCCAGGGGAGGAAGAUGAAGACCUGUCAGAGCCCGGAACUCCAGAACCGUCGUCCUCCGAACAUUACGGGUCAUCACGGGGCCUUGGGAAGCCGCGUCGAGCGUAUGUGUCGUACAGCCAGGAACAGCUUCUGAGUGCCAUACGUGCAAUUAAGGAGGACCAUCUGUCCAUCUACAAGGCAGCUGAGAUGUACGGUGUGCCUAAGUCAACGUUGCACGACAAGGCUAGUGGCAAAUCAAACAUGUUGUUCCAACGCAAAGGUCCAGCCCCACUACUCUCAUACGAUGAUGAGAAAAAACUGGUAGACUACCUGCUGCAGAUGUCAAACCUCGGCUACAUGUUCAACAUACAGGAACUGCGCAAUCUUGCCUCCGAACUUGCAGCAGAGAAAGGAGUGGUGUGUGAAGGACAGCUCCUCUCACCACGCUGGCACAAAGGGUUCCGCACACGCUGGCCAAUUUUAAAUGAAAAAGUGUUUGGCGAUUUUCGUACGUGCGAGCGCAAAAUGAAGGCUGAGACGCCAAGAAGGAAGACUCUAGAAGUGUUUGAGAUUGAAGAAGAUGGUGACCAAUUGCAGAUUUCUACCAUGGCUGAUGAAACAGAUAUCUGCUUGUACAACUAUUAUACAGAACUGCGAGUGAUCAUGGAGAAAUACGACCUGAUGGACAGACCUGGGCGGAUAUUCUGUAUAGACGAGGUCGCCAUUCAGUAUGAGUCCGGGCAACCAAAAGCCAGACAGAUCAAGUCGCUGAAAAGUUCCUUUCCAUCUCGGUCAGAAACGACUGUGGUGAGCUUGAUUGGCUGCGGAAACGCCCUCGGAAAUGCGGUGCCACCAUUUCUGGUGUAUCCAGGCAACAAACUGGAUCAAGAUUUGCUAAAGGGCAAAUAUCCCGGUGUGCAGGCAGUAAACACUGAGAAUGGACUCACUGACUAUUCGACCAUGAAACAUUAUCUGGAGAAACAUUUUAUCGAACAUGCGAUGAUGGGAAUGCGAAGUCGAACACCCCCGUUGCUUGUGCUGUAUGAUGGCUCUAAAUCAAAAAUCAGUCCAGAUACCAUAAUCUGGGCGAAAGGUCACAACAUUAUUCUAUUUGUACUGCCGCCAAGCUCAUCAAAUCUGAAAUACCCGCUCGAGAAAGGUGUGUUCCGAAACUUCAAAGAGCAUUUCAUUCGGGAGACCAGAAUUUUCAGGGAGAUGUACAAUGUGGACGCAAUCUCGAAGAAGGCGAUUUGUAAAAUAGUGUCCGAGGCGUACCCUAUUGCAAUGUCUUGUAAGAACCUUGUGGAGAUGUUUGGAGACCUGGGAAUAUUCCCCUACAAGCCAUCAAUGGUGCUAUGUGAUGAGUUGAGAACUGAACGAUACAAUAGACUGAAGAAAUACCACUCCAUCAAGAAGAGGCCUCCAGGCAUGAAAGACAAGGGUGUGCAGAUAUUCAUUCGAGAUGACAGCCAGUUGAAGCUGAUCAAGGCAGGCAAGCGGCGCAUGAUCCUUCAGGAGGACACUUCGGUGACCGACGUGGACUCCACGCUAACCUUCCUCCGCGGCAAAAAGAUACAGAAGAUGCUGGAAGGGAACGCUGGGAUACGCACACGACAAGACAUCUCGGAUUAUUCUGACACUGACGAGGAGUAUGAGGAGAACAUGGUUGAGUACGAGAUGAACGUUGACAAUGAAAUCCACACGUCCAACCACACUUAUCAGGAGGUGCAGCAGUCGGAGGUCCAGAGUUCAAGAGGGUACCAUGGUAACAGGUCUGUACCUAAGACAGUUCACACCAACAUAGACGGCAGCCAGUAUGUGACCCAGAGUGUUACAACGGACGAAGGAACUUUUAAAAUCGAAGAUGCCCACGCAUAUGCUCUGCAACCACAGGAUGGAACAUCAACAAGCGGCACUCAGACGCCUGUGCAGAAUGGCUCUGACAACGAGGAUGACGAGACACUGGAACAGACCCGCGUUGCAGUCCAGGCCCUGCAAGACAUCGCAAACGACUUCAACUAUCUCACCCAAACGUCAUCGGGUCCGAUGCAGACCACCGUUCAGAAUGUGACUCUCAACUCGGGCCGCAUGAUCCAGGUUGUCGUUCAGGGUCCGGCGGACCAGAUGGUGUCCACGGAGCAGGUCAUAGAGGCAGUAGAGCAGAUUGAAAUUGACAACUCGGUGGAGUCGAUCAUCCCCAUCUCAGAGGGGCAAAUCAUAGAGGCAGUGGUGGAGGGGGAGGUCAUACAGAACACGUGACCAGCAAAACUCAAGGGCGAAUCUCCAGCUUGAUUGACUUGAAUUUUUACUUUCUCGUCUCCUUUGGCAUACUGUUAAAUCAUUUAUAUUUGUAGGCAUAAAAUGUUGUUGUUUAAAAAAAAUGUUUUCGGACAGGUUAAUUUGUGGAUUUCUUACUUUGAAAAAAAAGACGAAUUAUCAUCGGUCACUGUCUGAUGUGUUAAUGUUAAAUUUGCAGAAAUAUCAUCACACGAAAUCAACGAAAAUUAAUUUCUCAUGAAAAAUAAUUAUUUUACAGUAUUGAAAGAUGAUAAGUUGCCUAAACAGCUUCUAAGCCUUGUUGGUUCAUUUGGUGAUUUGUAUUAAGGUAAUCAUUUAGUUGACAAUUUGAUCGUUAUAGAUGAUGGGAUGGGUGUUUUCGGCCUAUAAAGAAUUGGGCAAGAAGUUUUAUCAUUUAUUUCAGGUUUUUGUUCAGUAAUUGUUCCUGUUGGCAAUUUUUAUUUAUGACAGACUUUCUAAGUACCUGCACAAGUUCAUGAGUUUCAUUGAGCUGUUUAAAAUUGAACUUAACAUUUUAAUUUUCAAUCAAUGCUUUAUAUUGUAUAAGUUGUGUUCUUAUCAGAUUUGUUUUCUGAGAAAUGCUUUUAAAUUUUGUGCAAAAAUAAUCAGAUUGGAUGAAAUCGUGAUUUUUUUUAAUACUAUGUAAAGCAAUAAAAGACUCAAAUUAAUGUAGCAAGUAAAAAAAGUGUAUAAGUUCCCAAAAUAUAUUCUUUUAUAUCAUUUUAUUUGAAGCUGAAAGCCUGCAAUAUUUAAAUGAAUUAUUUCUACUCCCAGUGCCUGAAGCUUAAUACUCUUAUGACCAACGUGUGAAUAGGAGAGACCUGUACACUAUCUUACACAUUGGAGCUAGGCUAGUGUUCUAUCCUUGCAAUGCUUUGCCGACUCCGAAAAAUAUGUACACAGUUUAGUCUCUAUGUGUUUGACAAAUAAAUGUGCAUGACCAUUGACUUUCGUGGUUAGAGAAAGGAAGACCAAAUGAACUUGUAGGAUAGGAUGCAAUUUUAAGUCACCACACUUUUGUAGACACUUCAUUUCAGGACAUUAUGAAAGCUUGGCCUCACUAUGAAGGGUAGAUUGGCAAGAAACAAUUUUUACGCCCAGUUUUCCAGGCAUACUGAGCUAUAAGCCAUUCAAUUUUUAUUCGUAAAAUGUUCUACAUUUGUGUAGCGAACUGCUUAUCUAUUUGUCAGGCCAUUGAAUUGAAACUUGAUACAUCACCAAGUAGUGUAGAUUUGCAAGAAACCAUGUUCACCCUUAGUAAUACACGUGUUCAUUAGUUACAUGCACGUGAACUUUUUAAUACAUAAAAUGAUAAACGUU